CGAUCACUUGGCAAAUUCAAGUGAAACGUUUCCUUACACAUAGAAAAUUUAAAUCGAAAGCGAUAAAGUUGACAAAUAUUCCACCGAUGCUAGAUUCUGCGACCAAGUGCGAUUUUCAACCGUUUUCCGUAAAAACUGAAUUAAGCACGAACGGACCAAAACAGGACAAAAUUGAAAUGAAGUCCACUCAGUUAAAUGUUAGUCACCUCUUAAGCGCCGUGGACAGCGAAAUGACGGUGGGUAGUGAAAAGGGGGAUCCUACGGAGAGACAACUCAAAGUCAAUUUAGAGGAUAAGGAAUUAUGGGGAAAAUUCAAAGAAUUUACAAACGAGAUGAUCGUCACUAAGAAUGGGAGGAGAAUGUUUCCGGUUUUCAAGGUCAGUAUCAGUGGCCUUGACCCUAACGCCAUGUACACAUUGCUGCUGGACUUUGUGCAGGUGGACACGCAUCGCUGGAAAUAUGUGAACGGAGAUUGGGUGGCGGGGGGUAAGGCUGAGCCAGCCGCUCCCAACUGUGUGUACAUCCACCCCGACUCCCCAAACUUUGGGGCUCACUGGAUGAAGGAGACCGUGUCAUUCAGCAAAGUCAAACUGACUAACAAACUUAACGGGGGAGGCCAGAUAAUGCUGAAUUCUUUGCAUAAAUAUGAACCACGCCUGCAUCUGGUAAAAGUAGGAGCCAACUCCCAGAAAAAGCGCAUCAGCAGUUUCAGCUUUCCGGAGACUCAGUUUAUAGCUGUCACAGCCUAUCAAAACGAAGAGAUUACCGCCCUAAAAAUCAAGCACAACCCUUUUGCCAAAGCCUUCCUAGAUGCCAAGGAGAGGCCUGAUGGCCGCGACUUUACAGACGAAGGGAUCGACAGCCAACAGAGAUCACUUUCACAUUUGGCCAGUACGUGGUACAUUCCCCCGGGGAGUCACGCCCUAGUCCCCCCUCCAGCUCACCAGUUCCCUAACGCCUUAAAUCUCUCGUCCCCACACUGUGACAGACUGAGCCUGAGGAAUGCUCGGGCCACACCCUACUCUCACCCCUAUCAAAGACGGUCGCCUCCCCACGGUGGCUUUUCUAGAGAUGUGACUUCAAACAUCCCUAUGUUAAAUAUUCCAGACAACUGGAUGUCACCAACAAACCCUGGCGUUCUCCAAUCGAACACUUCCAACCCUCAGUCCCAAUACAGCAUGUGGAUGGGAAACCCCAUGGGAAAUAUCCCAACCAAUCAGAACUGUGCAAUGCCAUAUCUGCGUUCCCCCAAUGCAUAUCCGUUUACCUCAUCAAAUACACCUGUAUCAAGUGUGCCUAAUGUGACAAUCUCGAAUCCUGCAGCAUUGUCUUCGUUCGAUUCCUCCAAAUUCGAAUCAUGUGACAUUUCAUCAUUCGCACCAAACCGGGAUGCCAUUCGAACAUCAGCCUGGAGUCCCCUAACGCCCCCUCCCAUAUGAGCUCUGAUCUUGCCACAUAGUUAACUCUGUGAUACCCCCUCGUAUAAGUGUGCUAAUACAAUCAAAAAUACAUUUGUUCAUCUUGACUUCAACAUCGAGAAUUCCACAUCGAACAAAACCUCUAUACACAUGGGUGCAAGGACUGCAAAAUGGCGGUUGUAGAGGUCGAACUUGACGAUAAAAGCGACGCAAUCAGGAGGUGUGAAAGAGGCCUGUCGGCAUUUUUCUUCUUUGGUAAUAAAUUUGUUUUAUUUGUUUAUACUUUUGAAAAUAAAUUAUUUU